GGCCUCAUCUACGGUGUCUCUGUCUGUCCUCAUCUACAGUGUCCCUGCCUGUCCUCAUCUACAGCGUCCCUGCCUGUCCUCAUCUACAGCGUCCCUGCCUGUCCUCUUCUACGAUGUCGCUGCCUGUCCUCGUCUACAGCGUCCCUGCCUGUCCUCAUCUACAGUGUCCCUGUCUGUCCUCAUCUACAGCGUCCCUGCCUGUCCUCAUCUACAGCGUCCCUGUCUGUCCUCAUCUACAGCGUCCCUGUCUGUCCUCAUCUACAGCGUCCCUGCCUGUCCUCUUCUACGAUGUCGCUGCCUGUCCUCGUCUACGGUGUCCCUGGCCUCAUCUACGGUGUCUCUGUCUGUCCUCAUCUACAGUGUCCCUGCCUGUCCUCAUCUACAGCGUCCCUGCCUGUCCUCUUCUACGAUGUCGCUGCCUGUCCUCGUCUACGGUGUCCCUGUCCUCAUCUACAGUGUCCCUGCCUGUCCUCAUCUACAGCGUCCCUGCCUGUCCUCGUCUACGGUGUCUCUGCCUGUCCUCGUCUACGUUGUCCCUGUAGAUCGGUUUGCAGACGGAUCUCCUGGUUUUGACAUGAAGUGAGUCCUCCUGUCUCUCCUAUCGUUGUCUGAGUCGUGCGUUUAGGUUCCUUGGUGUGGGACCAGGAACCGUCUGUCUCUGUCUCCGUCUCUGUCUCUGAAUAUGAAAUGUGAUGCAAUCUGAGCCUGUGAUGUGUCCUCCUUGCUUUUUAAUAGUGAAGAAAGAUCAGUGGUUUGUUCCUAUUUGGGAUUAAUUUAUCAAUCAGUUGGGUUUGUGUCCACAUUUCAACAUUUAAAGAGAAUAAACCAACCAGAGAAACCGUCUUUGGUCCCAUUUAGUGAAGCUGAACAUUUGCUCUUUUGUUCUCAGCUGUCACUCUUAAAACAGCAAACGUACAUUCAAUGUGUUUCAUAAUAAUUUACCUGAAGAGAAGAUUGUGUCGAGGAAUGACGUCAUUAAACUAACAAACUGUAAACUUUAAACUGCACUUCUAAUGAUUCUUAUCUAUAACGUGUUUGAAACUGUUAUUUGGAGAUAAUUCUACUUUCUUGUUCUUCUGAGUUUUAAUCUUUAUGGUUGAAAUAAACUUAUUGGAAGUCGCUUUGGAUAAAAGCGUCAUCUAAAUGACACGUGACGUAGUAUUCUGAAUUUGCAUCGUGGCGCCACCAGGGGGCGCCAUCAGAUGAGCAAUGCACCACGUGGCUGAUAAAUACAUAUUCUAUUCUAUGACAUGUUACCAUAAAAUACUCUUAUAAACUCAUACUCAUAUAACUCGUAUUUUAGAUGACAAACUAUAACCCGUGUUAAGAAUCGCAGAUUCUAUAAACUAUUACUAUUGUAUUUAGCCUUUAUUAUUAUUAUAAUAAGUUCAUUAUUAUAAGUGUAUCACGAUGCUGGUACUCAGGUACCUUCCCCUGCUCGUAAGGAGUAUUUGUACCGUGCUGGUGGUACUGGUUCUACACGGAGACGCGUCAGGGUUCGGAAAGGAUCGGGUCGAUGUCUCGCGCUGUUGUGAAACCGGUGUCGCAGCGCGGAGGAGGCGGAGCGUGGACCGGAACACACCGACUUCCUCCCCGUCCUCGCGCUUCCUCCGCAGGCUGGACGCGUCUCGCUCUGAGGCGCAGAGACAGUUGCCGGACACCCGGGGACCGUCCGUCCUCCAGUCAGCAGCGGGCAGCACCGAGGGACCGGAGCCCGGAGCCCGGAGCCCGGAAUGAGUCCACGUCCUCCUUCAUCUCCCCCCCCCCUCCUCCUCCUCCCCCUCCUCCUAUUGGGCGGGACAAAGCUGGCUGUCAGUCAGUCCAGGGACUCGUCAGAGCCCAUGUGCUACGACUGGGGGGAGUCCAGUGAGGGAGGGGUCUCGAUCCUGGAGGGGGAGGCCGGGUGGCUGUCCUGUCCUCUCUUCUCUCACCCCUCCGUCUACAACUACACCUCCACCCAGAACGCUGGGCUCAACCUGGUCUGGUACCGUCUCCCCGAGGGCCACGACGUGGAGCAGCCGAUCCAGUGCAGCCUGCGGGUCACCAGAGACCGGGAGCGCCUGUGGCUGCAGCCGGCCUUCGCCAACGACUCGGGCCACUACAUCUGCAUGCUGAGCAACCAGACGUCCUGCAUUAAGAUCUCCAUGCGCCUGAAGGUGCUGCGCCCGGAUGAGGUUUCCCGCAGCGAAAGCUGCCAUCCUCCGGUCGCCGUGGCGCCCACUCAGAGGAUCAUCCCCUUUCAAACGGGGGGGCAGCUGGACUGUCCCGACCUGCAGGAGGCGCGCAAGAUGGCGGGCGGAGACGCAACGGUCACCUGGUCCCAUAGGUGCAACAGGAGCUCCUUCUACAGCCAGCGGCAGCAGAAAGGACCCAGUCUCCAGAUCCACGUCAUGCAGGGUCCUUACAAGGGCCUCUACUUCUGUACGGUCAGCUACGAGAGGGCGGGGCAAAAGCUGCAGUUCACCCGCAGCAUCAAUCUGAGCGCUGUGUUUCCAGAUUUUCUUCCUAAACUUCCCAGCAUCCUCCACCCGGGAAAAGACCAGAUCACCACCGUCAAACGGAACUCGGAUGCCCGCCUGGUGUGCACGGCCCUGUUCCCGUACCUCAACUCCUCCUGGGACAUCUGGUGGACGGUGGACGGGAAGAGGCUGGACAAACUGUCCGACAAGCAUCGGUUCUCCAGGACCACCAGUACGCUGAAGAACGACCAUGAGGACCUGACGGUGCAGAGCGUGCUGCUGGUCCAGUACUUCCAGUCCCAGGACCUGAGGCGGGAGUUCAACUGCUCUGUGAGGAACGCUCGGGGGUUCGAGACCCGCAGGGCCCAGCUGGAGGAGGAGGUGUCGCUGCCCUCCCUGGAGCUGGGCUGUGGCCUCGGGGCGACGCUGCUCCUCAUGCUGCUCCUCUUCUUCCUCUACCACGUCUUCUGGCUGGAGCUGCUGCUGCUCUACCGCUCCUGGUUCGGCACCGACGAGAGACACACAGACCAUAAGGAGUACGAUGUGUACAUCUCCUAUGCGAGGAACAGCGAGGAGGAGCACUUUGUUCUCUUCACCCUCCGAAGCGUCCUGGAGAACGAGCUUGGAUUCUCCGUCUGCAUCUUCGACAGAGACAGUCUGCCGGGGGGGACCAUCACAGACGAGACGCUGAGCUUCGUGGCUCGCAGCCGGCGCCUCCUGGUGGUGGUCAGCCCCGGCUACGCCUCCCGGGGCUCCCAGGCCCUGCUGGAGCUGCAGGCCGGCAUCGAUGGCAUGGCGCUGGGCGGGCACCUGCGGGUGAUCCUAGUCCAGUACAAGCCAGUCCAGCGCCAUGGCUGGGUCCGGGAGCUGAGGAGGGCCCGCGUGGCCCUGGUGCUGGUCCGUUGGCAGGGGGACAAAUCCCGGGAGCUAUCGUCCCGCUUCUGGAAGCGACUGAGGGUGGAGCUGCCCGUGAGGAGGGUCAGCAGCGGCAGGGAGGUGGAGGAGGGGGGUGGGGGGAAAGAGAUGAGGCUGCACAGUCAGAACAGCACCAACUCCCAAACGGGCCUCAUCAGCAACACCGUCAAAGACCCGCAGACGGUCCUCAAGUCAGUGGCGUAGCCGUGGUGAUCGCCUCGAUUUAUCACGUCAUUUAGCUGACGCCUUUAUCCAAAGCGACUUACAUUGCAUUUUAACUCAUUACGACUUAUUACGACUCAUUAUGACUCUUUAAGACGUAUUACAACUCGUUACGACUCGUUACGACUUGUUACAGAACCAGGAAACAGGGACCAGGAGUGAUUGCUGCUUGUGUUCCAUAAACCUCAGCGUUAGUGCAUCUUAACACUGUCACAUGAUGUGCUGUUUUGUCACUUAGUAGUCAGAUGAAAUGUAUUUAGAGUAUAAAUGUUACAUGUUAUCUGAACUGUUGAUAAUUUUGUUCUAUUUGGGGUCACUUUUCAGCAUACGUGCUAAAAAGUACAAAUACAGUAUACUUGUGUCGUUAUGUAUUUCUCUUUAAAAAGAAGCUAUCCUAUUUUUAAGAGAAUAGUAUUAUGAGAGAAAUGGUUCUGCACUUUGUCAUAAUUCUUUUGUAUUUUUACAGUAUUUCAUGUUUUAAUAAAGGAGUUUUUCAUCUAAUCAUUAUUUGUCAUCAUCUUCAUUUAAUUUCAUAGUUUUUUCAUGUAUUAUUUUCUCUGUAGAUUAUUUCGAGAAGUUUAAAACUCUCGUCCGUUUAAACUAAAGUGUGUAUAUAUAAGUGUUGUUAAUAAUGCUAUUAUUUAGUCUGGGACGAAGCAGACCCCCGUUCUUCCAGACGUUCACCAGAUGUGUAUUCUCCAUCCACCACAGUUCUAAAUGAAUGAGUUUUAGCCAACAUAAGCUUAUUUUAUUGUGUUUCUCACACGAGCUCAUAAUCCUCUUACUGAAUGUCAGAGGUUUUAUUGGAGCUGCAAAAAGAUGAGGUUUCCAAAGAGCCUCAUUGACUAAACAAAGUUGAAUCAAUGCAAUGAACCAUAAAGCUCUGUCAAAGAACCUCUUCAAUAUUUAUCUGCCAUCUGAUUGGCUCUUCCUUGUCACAUGACAGUUUUUUUCUCCAGACUUAACUUCACUUUCAAGCUUUUUUAAAUCAAGAAUAACUGAUGUGAGUAAACAAAACAACACAAGAUUUUGUCUGGUCUUCAGUACUUUGUUGACAUGAUGUGUGAUCAGCUGUUCCUCACUUCC